CACACCCGUUUUGUGCUAAAGGUAAACACAAUCCAACUAUUUAUUCAAGAAGUAUAUAAAAUACAGAAAACUUAUAGUUUUGCCAUUAGUUUCGAAAAAAAUAUCGGCGAAUAUGAAGUUAAAAUGGUUGUUGCUGUUGGUCGUGGUGGCCGUGACGUAUGUCGAAGCUGCUCCUGCUCCUUCGAUACUUAACCCAGUCCUAAAUACAUUAGGCCUUGGUAGUGGUGGUUGUAGUGGUUGUGGUGGCGGCAACGGUGGGGGUGGAGAUGGAGAUAAUGGGAACGGUGACGAAGGGGAAGGGGGAGACGAUAGAGGCACUGGAGUAGACAACCCUGGUGAUGAUGGUGAUGACGGUGGAGAUGAUGGUGGAGACGAAGGAGAAGGAGGAGACGGCGGCGACGAUGGAGGAGAUGAUGGCGGAGACGAAGGAGAUGGAGGAGAUGGUGGUGACGAAGGAGAAGGCGGAGAUGGUGGAGAUAAUGGAGAAGGCGGGGAUGAUGGUGGUGAAGGCGGGGAUGAUGGUGGUGAAGGGGGAGAUGGAGGAGACGGAGGAAAUGAUGGUGGAGACGGCGGAGAUGACGGAGGUGACGGAAGAGAUAGUGGAGCAAAUGGGGGAGAUGGAAAUUGCAGCAACUGCCAAAAAGGCAGCCCAGCUGCAGCCGCAGCAGCGGCAGCUGGCGGCGGUGCGGCCGCAGCAGCUGCCGGCCGUAGUGCGGCAGCCGCGGCGGCAGGCGGUGCUUAGCACUGAACCAAGUUUGAUUUUUUAAGUGAUAAAAUCUAAAAAAAUACAGUACACCAUUUUGCUUAUUUCAUUAAAUUAUAUACGUCGAUGUUGCACGAACAAAUCUAGUUUAAAUUUAGCACAAUGUCAUUUAAUUUUUCCCUAUGCUUUUAUAUUUGAUUAAACAAAGCCAUUUGAACGGUAUACACUUGUAAUGUUAACUACCCGUGUUUUUGUUUUAAUUCUGUAUUUUACUUUCCAAUAAAAAAAUGUGUUGCUGUGA